UAAACCCUGAGACCUGGCCGUCUGUCAGUCAAUCAUCUGCAGGAGAGCAGACGGACGUCUCACUGUCCAGUAGAGAGACAACCUCAAGGCGUCGCAGUGCUCGGAUGAUGUUGAAGACCCAAAGAUCUCAGCAGCGCGUCGCUCUCAUGAUACUGAUGGUGGUCGCAGCCGUCCAGUGUCAGGAGAACGAAAGCAGACGGGCGGUCACAGAGCAUCAGCUGAUGCAUGAUCGCGGUCGCUCCAUCCAGAGUCUCAAGAGGUUGAUCUGGCUGUCCAGCGCGAUCGAGGGGCUUCACACCGCGCAGACCCGCACACUGACCGCCGAGGAACCGGACAGCAGGUGGCGCUCUCGCGACGCGGCGCAGCUCUACUCUCAGCUCGGGAAAGACAGCGGCAGCAGCAGCCACAAGAGGGCGCUGGAGACGCUGUUGAGCGACAUGUACAGACCUCACCUCACCUCUGCGCUCGGAGACGGAGAGAAAUAACACCAUCCCGAAUACAUCCCAUCUGAUGUCCCGUUAAAUCUUAGCAGUGACUGUCCGACCUCGUCUAUAAUGAGGAGCUGCGUUACUCAACAAAACUACAUCGCUGCUGUUAUGAUCAACGAAACUGUAUUACGCUAGUUUUGUAAAGAUAGAUGUGUUGAUUAUAACGUAAGCGAUCUAGUUUUGGCGCGGUUUCUCCAUCUGCGCAGACGCAGAGCUGCUCAUCCGUGCUGUGUAAAUUUGUGAGUCUUUAACAUUUAUUUAAGGGAUAUAAAAACGGUUUAGUGUGCUACACACCACGUACUGUCACAUAUGGUCUUCACGAAGUACUUUAUGACUGGUAUUUACUUAGUACACGUGCAGAAACAUAGUAAUGCCAUGUUUUUUUGUUUUUUUUGUGUGUGGGCGUGUGGAUUUAUUUAAUGGGAUGUGUUGGUAUGCUUGGACCAGGUUCAAAUAUCUAGUAAACCAUCCUUGCUAUUAUAUUUAUUUAUAUGGAUGCUAUGAACAGAUCGUAUUUUUGAUUUAUUAAAUGUAUGUGUGAUUAAAGAUGCUUU